AUGACCCGCUGGACCGACGAAAAUAAAGCCAUCCUCCUCCGCCUGAUCUUCGAAACCCAAUCCUUCACCAUCGACCCCGACAAGAUCGUCGACGCUUGGCCCACCGAAAAUGACAAACCCACCGCCAAAGCUCUGAGCGAACAACUCGGUAAAUACCGCAAGUCGGGCAGCUCCAUCAGCUUCAGUUACACGAAGAAGGGGAAGCGCGGUGUUUCGGAUGAACCGGGGACUCCUUCUCCUCGAAAGGCGCGGAAGAAGAAUCCGAAGAAGGCGAUUGAGGAGGUGUUGUCCCCUGUGAAUGUUGGGAAUGGAGCGGGAUUGGAUGAAGAGCAUGCUUAGGAGGAUAUGGUGGGGGGUGGGAUUAUCUGGGGUCGGGUUCUUUGUGGGUUGGUUGGGUUGAUUUGGGGGUUUUGCGGUUAGGUUAGGUAGGGAUUGGGGGUAGGUGCGGUUUAUG